GGUUUCAGUUUUACAGAGACUUGACUUGCUGUACUAGAGAGGUACAGAGAAUACACACUUUAUUCUGAACUAAACUUUAGAUCUACUGGUCGGCUAUGUCUGACUACAUGAUAACAAUGGCAGCAUUCCUAAACUAGAAAUGACAUAUUGACAUCUGAGUAUGAGAUGGAUCAACCAGGGACUUUUUAAAUGAUUUUUUUCGUUUUAAUUUUGGUUGAAGAAGCAGCCUUCACACUCCUGGAGCAGAAGAAGUGGAACGUCUAUUUCAAAACCACCUAUAUACAGACGUAGCAUCAAAUUAGAGGUGGUUCAAUCAGGUAUAUCCCACCUGUACCUCUCCAGUGACUCCUCUGUCCUGCUACAGGGCACAGGUGAAACAGACAGACAUGUCCACCGGCUCAGUGAGCGAUGGAGAGGACAUUGAGACACAUCACAAACAGACAGAUGCACCACUUGAAAGCAGCAAAUCCAAACGGAACAUCGCGCAGAGGCAUUACACUUCCACCAAGUACUCAGACGACGAGUUCGGUACUGACGACGGUCACGAAGUCAAGACCAAGCGAACGCACGGCACUGCUGCCGGAGGAAAACUACUUUUGAAGGGGGGUCAUCAAAAGGAUGGGCGGCAGACGCAAAGGAACGCUGCGAACGCCAGAGAGAGGGCGAGGAUGAGGGUGCUGAGCAAAGCGUUUUCCAGACUGAAAUCGAGCCUGCCGUGGGUACCGGUCGAUACCAAGCUGUCCAAACUGGACACGCUGCGUCUAGCAGCCAGCUAUAUAUCACACCUCCGACAGCUAUUACAAGACAACGUCUUCGAGAGCAGCUUCAUACACCCUGUCAACCUGACUUGGCCAUUUGUGGUAGGUAGAUCAGAGGACAACAACAACAACUCUACAGCCAGACAGUGUGGAGCUACAUCAUAGGACAGGAGGGAUCUCUCUCUCUGCUGGGACAGUCCUCUUCUACCUUGGCUGCCGGCUCCCUGAUCCCUACCUAGUCCACUAAAAUGCUGCCCUACAUAGGGAAUAGGGUGGAUGCCGUUUGGGACUAAUUCCAAGUAUAAUAAUAUGCCAUUUUAGCAGACGCUUUUAUCCAAAGCGACUUACA